AGCUGGACAUAGCCUAGUCCACACUAAGUCGAGGGGUCUUGUUGAAGGUUUAGAACAGCCCUCCGCUUGUUUUACAGAAUGAAUAUGAGAACAGCGACACUCCUGCUUCAUGUUUGCAUUGGCUUCGCCGUUGCUGUGCCGCAACCCAGCGCUUUAUCAGAAGAUGCCAACGACUGUGAUUUUUCUGGUAUCGACCUCUACCAAGAGGUUGAUGCGGUCAUCAAAGAGCUGCCACCAGAGUACUCACAGCCUGACCGAAAACCGGAGGAAGUCAUACCUGGCGUUUUCCUCGGGACCAUUGUGUACAAAGGCUUGGACAACUUGAGACCAUACGGCCCUGUAUUGAGCUACUGCCGCAACGGCACCAGGCUUGUUCAAGUAGACCUCGCCACCGACGAUCGCCUUAUGGAAGCUUUCAUGCCUUGGAAGACAUGUGGUGGACAGCAAGGAUCUAUUGGGACCUAUGCAAGUGCGAGGGUUACGGUCACAUUCAAGGUGGUGGACACAAGUACUGCUGAACCAUCCGUUAAAAAUCAAGUAAACCUGGACCACCACAGUGGACCAACUCCAGUUUCUGUGCAUGCUGUUUCCGUGUAUCUGCGAGGAGCUGGCGACACAGUGGGAAGCGCUGUGGAAAUUGCGAGCAAACUGUUUCCUCAGCUACCCAAGGAGUUCUGGCUCGACAUGGUGACAUGGAGGCUCCGCACCGUACUUAAGGAGAUCAUCUGGAAGUUAUCUUUGGGCAUCUGAGCGAACGUUUACGGUUACCUGGCGUUCCUAUAGAUGCUCUUAGCAUUUGUAGAAGCUACUACAAAAUGGCACUUGUACUUUACAAGGCCACGUCUCGGUAGUAACGUGCAUGCUUCGAUUGCUAAUAAAGAGCUUUUAGAUAGGAGACGUACCCCGUGCCUAUUUAUUUGCAGCUAAGUUUCCUUGAUUGCCUGUGUAUUCAAGGGAAUAGGUUUUUACCAUGCCGCAUCGGCGAAAACAGAACCACAAGGUUGGUCUUUACCGUGAAUCUCUUUGGCCAGACCGCAACGUUUGUUUGCGGUAGAAACAUUUCUUGGCGGUUGUGGCAAUAUAAUUGUGAUUUAUAAAUUUUUCCAAGGAGAAAGUUUUAAUAUAGAGUGGGAGAUGAUUGUAUCCUAUAUAACAAAUGACAAAAACUUCAAGCGCACAACAAAUCGGGGUCGGUGAAAGAAGGCGGGAGACGCACGAGUGCUCGUUGUGUGCUUGAAUUUUUUGUAGUGUCUUAUCAACACGUUCAAACAGCCACGUUAUAUAACAAAAUUGGUGCUUCCAACAAUCAGGUGGUUCUUAAGAAAUCCUGGGCCAUGCUUCAACAUUUGUGUCUUUUUGUGCUAUAUAAUA